AUGGAAAACCAAACAAUAGAGUACACGUUGGUUCUCACUGGUCUGUCUGAUCUUCCGAGUCUACAAGUUCCUCUGUUCCUGGUGUUUCUUCUCGUCUAUCUUUUCACACUGACUGUCAACCUUCUCAUCCUUCUCCUGAUCUUCACUGAUUCCCAUCUUCACACCCCCAUGUACUUCUUCCUUGGAACCCUGGCAUGUCUGGAUAUGAGUUACUCCUCAGUCACUGCCCCAAGAAUGCUCUUUGAUUUACUCACAGGUAGAGGGGACAUUUCUGUUCCAGCUUGUAUAACUCAGAUCUACUUCUUAAUUUUUUUUGCUACAUCAGAGGUAUCUGUGCUGGCAGUGAUGUCCUGUGACAGAUACAUUGCCAUCUGCCGCCCUCUUCACUACAUGCAGAUAAUGAGCCAGAAAGCUUGUGUUCAGCUUGUAUCAAUCACGUUGGUGCUCAGUGCAAUUUAUACCUUGCUGCACAUUCUUGUUUUAACCAAACUGACAUUUUGCAGGUCAGAAGCUUUGCAAAGUUUCUUUUGUGACCUGCCCCAGUUGCUUCAGGUCUCCUGUAGUGACACAUUCAUCAAUGUAUUGCUCAUAUUACUCUUUGGGGCAUUGUUUGGUGGUGUCCUCCCAAAUUCAAAGUAUCAUGUUAUAGAGGACAAAGUAUCAUCUGUAUUUUAUGUAAUUUUAAUGCCCUGUUUAAAUCCCGUGAUCUACAGCCUGAGGAACCAGGAACUCAAAACAUCACUAAGAAGAGCUUUACACAGAAUGUAG